AUGUCUCCCCUCCAACAGCUUCUUGUCUUUGGUGCUGCAGUCUCGACUGUCCUCGCAGCGCCCGCCGUUCCCAACACUGAGCGUGCAUGCGAGCCCCUGCCCCAUGGCCGCGGUCGCAUCCCCCAACCUGAUACCGCAGAGGCUUUCCAAUCCUUUCCUGCCUUCUCGCUAGCAGCUACUUCCGCAACUACGCCCGUUGGCUAUGUUCAGGCAUAUUCCAACCUGGUCACUACCUUCAAUGAGCCCUCUCAGUUCAUUCGCUACACUGACUUGGACUCGUAUGAUGUCAACAAGUGUGCUGCAGAAUGUGGCAAAGAUGACAAAUGCAACAUAUUCGGCAUCUUCUUCGAGCGUUCGCCCAUGUUCAGGCCUGGCCCCAAAUGCCCCAAUCCCCCCUCCAGCGCUAUGAUCAAGUGCACCCUGUGGUCCGGCACCAUCUCGCCCAAGGCCGGCAUCAACAAUGGACAGACCCGGGAGAAGUUCCGUAUCGUCAUGGCUGGUUCUAACGCGUAUGUCAAAGACAUUACUUUUAGCAACAAGAAAGAUGGUUCCUCAAACAUCCUCAAGAACUGGGUUGUAGAAAAGUACCAAAAUGGCGCUGCUAUCCAAGUCCCUCUUGACUGCAACGGCGUAGACACCUACAUGGGUGUGGCGGCUUGGCGCGACGGUAAAUUUGAUGCUCAGAGGUGCCUUGACGCUUGCAAGGUCGCUGGUGAUACUGAUAUCCAAAGCCGCAAGUGCCGCUUCGUCAACACCUACGUACAGCGCCGGAAUGGAGUCCAAGUUUCUCAGCAUUGCGCCAUGUUCUCGGAGUAUUGGCCCGCCCCCUUCGCUACAAACCUGGGUCAACGCCGCGGUGAUGUUGAGAUCUCCGAGACGGAUUCUUAUGGGUAUGUCUAA